UAUAUAUUUUUUGCUUGAUAAAAACAGAACUUUCGACUCGCGGGAUGACUUAUAAACUUUCUUGUUGAUAUCUAAAAAUGCGUGAUGUACUUUGAUCUCGUCGGGUGGGGAUCGAAUUAAAGCGAUCGUAACGAAAAGUUUGCGCGUUUAAUUUGUAUUCAGUUUGUAUUCGGCGUUGACCAACGCGUAUUCCGAAUUUCUGUACUUGUUACUUGUCCACGUAUCAACGAGUACCGUUACAAAUUGACAUUUGUUACGCUACAUAUUGCAAAAAGAUGAUUAACACGGGGAAAUUGGCUGGUCGUACUAUUUUCAUUACUGGAGCUUCAAGAGGUAUUGGGAAAAGUAUAGCUCUCAAAGCAGCGAAAGAUGGUGCAAACAUUGUUAUUGCAGCAAAAACUGCUGAUCCACACCCAAAGUUACCGGGUACCAUCUAUACAGCAGCUAAUGAAAUUGAAGCAGCUGGUGGUAAAGCUUUACCUUGCAUUAUGGAUGUACGUGAUGAAAAACAGGUGAUUAAUGCAGUAGAGAGUGCAGUUGCCAAAUUUGGUGGUAUAGAUAUUCUUGUAAAUAAUGCAAGUGCUAUUUCUUUGACGAGUACUGUUGCUACUGAGAUGAAAAGAUAUGAUCUAAUGAAUAAUAUUAAUGCCAGAGGAACUUUUCUCGUAUCGAAAGUUUGCAUACCAUAUCUGCAGAAAGGUACAAAUCCACACAUAGUUAAUAUAAGCCCGCCAUUAAAUAUGAACCCUAUUUGGUUUAAAAAUCAUGUAGCAUAUACUAUGGCUAAGUACGGAAUGUCUAUGUGUGUUCUUGGAAUGGCGGAAGAAUUUAAAUCUGAUGGCAUUGCGGUUAACGCUGUUUGGCCAAGGACAGCUAUACAUACUGCUGCAAUGGACAUGUUAUCGGGUCCAGAUUCACAGAAUGCUUGCCGAAAACCUGAAAUUAUGGGCGAUGCUGUUUAUGCAUUGCUUUGUAAAGACAGUAGAUCUAUUACUGGACAAUUUUUGAUUGAUGAAGAUAUAUUAAAGAAAGAGGGUAUUAUUGAUUUUACAGACUAUGCAUGUAAUCCAGCAAAUAAAGACAACUUAAUGAUAGACUUCUUUUUGGAUGAGGCAGUUGGCCGAGCUAAAAUCUUUAAUGAAACAAAUAAUCCUACUGAAACACAAAUGGCACGUAUAUUUAAUGCUAUCAAUGCAAAUUUAAGCAGCGAACUGGUCAGCAAAACUGGUGCUAUAUACAAAUUCAAUGUGAAAGGAAAAGAAUCAGGUAUAUGGUUUCUUGAUUUGAAAAAUGGAAAUGGUUCUACUGGCAAAGGAGAACCGAGUCAACCAGCUGAUGCAACACUUACAAUGGAUUCAGAAAAUUUUUAUGCCAUGUUUUCAGGCAAACUGAAACCAACUUCUGCAUUUAUGACGGGCAAAUUAAACAUCAGUGGAAAUAUACAGAAAGCAAUGAAAUUGGAAAAAUUAAUGAGCAGUUUAAAAUCUAAAUUGUGAGAUAUACAUGAUCAAAUAUCACAUAUUCUUAUAGUAUAUAUUUAUAUAUUGUAACAUAUAAUAGCAGUCUUUUCAAAGACAAACAUAAGUAUAUAUUUUAUCCAUAUCGUUAUGGAAUUUUUUUAAUAGGAAUAAGAAAAGUGUGUUCAAAAAAGCAUAAAUGAUUGUCUCUGGGAAACCAAAUGUCCAUCAUAGAAACUUUGUAUAAUACGAUAAUGAGUAAUUUCUUACGAAAAUAGAAUAAUUAUAUAGUUAAAAAAUAUAACAUA